UUGCACUGAGAUUAAUGGCGCACAGGCGCACAGCGCAUUCUGACGGUGCGCCGUGGUACGAGAACGGCGCAUCAAUGGGCAGCCAGAGGGUAAGAUGGCGGAUCGUGAUUCGGAGGUGCAGGAGGAGGAAGAAGAAGUGCGACAGCGGCAGAAGCAGGAGCUGCGUCAAACAAGAUCUGAGGUGAAGGAGGACGGUAUUCGCGGAAUGAACGCGAGCGUCCAUCCUAUAAACGAUACGACGAGUGUGAUGACCACGACGAUAAUGGCGUCGACAACGAGUACGAACACGGCGAUGGCAACAACGACUACGACAACUACGACAACGGUGAAUACGGUGAUCAACAAUGGUCGAGUGCCUCAACAUAAUCUUGUCAAUCAACAACAACAACAACAACAACAACAAAUGAAUAAUCCAAAUGUUGGACAAGGACCUAGAUGCGUUACCAUCUACAAAACGGAGACUGGUUUUGGGUUCAAUGUUCGAGGUCAGGUCAGCGAGGGUGGACAAUUGAGAAGUAUCAACGGUGAACUUUAUGCACCCUUGCAACACGUCAGUGCCGUUUUACCUCGAGGAGCUGCAGAAAAGGCCGGUGUUCGCAAGGGUGAUCGAAUACUCGAGGUCAAUAAGGUGAACGUUGAGGGUGCCACUCACAAGCAGGUCGUUGACUUGAUAAAAUCUGGCGGUGACGUACUGACGUUGACGGUGAUAUCCGUGACACCACAAGAGGCUGAAAGGCUGGAACCUUGCGAGGAUCUCAGUUAUCCACCGAUAGAUUACAGUGAGAAACGAUCAUUGCCUAUUAGUGUUCCGGAUUAUCAUGUACGUGAAAGGAAACACGAACGAUACGUUGUUUUCAACGUACACAUGGCAGGAAGGCAUCUGUGUUCUAGACGUUAUCGCGAAUUCGCUGCCCUUCACAUGGCACUUAAGAAAGAAUUUAUUGGAUUUAAUUUUCCAAAGUUACCGGGAAAAUGGCCUUUCCAAUUGACGGAACAACAAUUGGAUGCCAGAAGACGAGGUUUGGAACAAUACCUUGAAAAAGUUUGUGCCGUACGGGUAAUUGCCGAGAGCGAUGCCAUGCAAGAAUUUUUAACUGAUAGGCUGGACGAGGACGGUGACCAAGGUCCAGCGGUUGACCUAAAGGUUCUUUUACCUGAUCGAGAGGUAGUUACCGUGACGGUCGCGAAAGCAGCUUCGGUCAAGGACGUCUACGAUGCAGUUUGUAGUAGAGUCGGUCUUGAUUCGGAUACCGCCAAGUAUUUUUAUCUCUUUGAGAUAGUUGAAUAUAAUUUCGAGAGGAAACUUCAACCUCACGAGCAUCCGCACACACUUUACAUUCAGAAUUACUCUACGGCGAGUGCGACGUGCCUAGCGAUAAGAAGGUGGUUGUUCAAUGUAAAUAGGUCUCUUAGCGAGCAGGCCCUGACGUGGAUCUUUUGGCAAACUGUUGACGAGGUCAAUAGGGGCCACAUUAGCGCUGGCGAACGAUUGUAUCAGUUGAAGGCCCUUCAAGAUGCAUCUAGAAAGCACGAGUAUUUGAAAUUGGCAAGGGAAUUGAAUGGAUAUGGCGAUAUAGUUUUUCCACAUUGUGCUUGCGACUCGAGGAAAGAAGGACACGUUAUCGCAGCUGUUGGCGUUGUAGCAUUUAAGUUACAUGCAGCAAAAGAGGAUGGUACUUUAGAAUCUCAAGUAGUCGAAUUUCAAUGGAAUACCAUAACUAAAUGGGAGGUAGACGAGGAAGGCAUGGCCUUUUGCUUUCAAUAUACCCGACAAGAUAAUAGGCCACCACGUUGGUUGAAAGUUUUCACACCUUACUACACCUUCCUGUCUGACUGUUUCGAUCGAAUAGCAGAAGAGGCAAAGUGGGACGAUCCCAGAGAAUGACGCAGUAUUCGCCGUUAAUACGUUUUUUUUUCUUUUUUAUUAUUAUUAUUCUUUUCUUCUUGAAUUUUUUUUUCUUUUUUCUUCAUUUUUCUUUUAUCCCCUAAUAUUCUCGUUGAUGAUUAUCAAUAACGACGAUCGACGAACUGGCACAUUGGUCAUCGUAGUUGAACGAUUCAUAAGAUUAUUGUUAUAAAAUUUCAAUCAGUGCGAUUGAAAAAUUCGUAUCGUUUAUCAUAUCAACAAUGACACGUUGAUUUUACAAAAAAAAAAGAAAUAUAUAUAUAUAUAUAUAUUUAAUCUUUAUUAACACACGAAUCUUAUAAAAACACACGGCAGUUAUUACAUAUAUUUUCAUAUUACGAUAAUUAGUGUGGUUACGCGUUCCAACAGGUUACGACAUCUUUUUCUGUUGAUUUGAUUUCUUGUUAUAUUGUAUAAUGAUACGAAUUGAUAGAGAAUCGUAUUAUUUCAGAGAAUUAAGGUUUCUUUUUCUCCCUCUUAUGUUUCUUGUGUUAUUUUUCUUUUUUUAUUUUUACUUUUCUUUUUAUAUUAUUAUAUAAGAUUUAUUAUCUUAUCAUACCGUAUAAAUCAAUACUGUCGCAUCGAUAAUGAAAUACUAGAGAAUUAUAAAGAAAAAAAGACGACGACGUUUCGAAAAUUAUGAGAGAUCGUAAAUAACGCCUAGUGUCGAUAUAUAUAUAUAUAUAUAUGAUUUGGCCUAUAAGUUAUAUUUCCUAGAACGUGUAAUUCGAUUUCUCGUUUUAGAAAUAAUCGAAUUACUAAUUGUUCCUUCUUAUUAGCCUAAUAUACAUCAAUAUACAUAUACAUAUACAUAUACAU